CUGGGCGACAAAAGGAAGCAAAGGGCAACAAACUGCCAAGGGUUGAGCUCGCACAAAUUCGAUUAGCCUGUUGGUCGCAGCAGCGCAGGGUCAAUGCGAGUGAGAAAGAGAAAAUUGAUAAUAGUUAUCAGCGUAGGGAUUUGUUUAAAACAACGCUGGCCCGUCCGAACAACCUGCAGUUGUGUCUCACAGGACGGGGAAUUCGGUCAACAAUCAUCAUUUCGGUAGUUCGCUUCGUACCCAGUGAUACGACGUGUCCCCUUUCUUGUGUUCCAACCUUCUACAGUAUCCCGUGCGUGUUUGUGCAAGACGUGUCUCUGCUUCAGCCAUAAGCAAAAUGGCUAACAAAUCCUUGAUUUUAACUCUUCUGAGCGUAAUCCUAUUGUUUGGAGAUGGCGAGGUUAAUGGACUGCGUAGAUUCUGGCGGGGAAAAAUGUUCCAAUUGGAUGGCCCGAGUCGUACGAGGGAUUUCGUGACGUAUACUGCAACCCAGGCGGUUCCCGAUCUGUGGUUCGAGCAACAACUAGAUCAUAAUGAUCCUACGAACGACGCAACAUGGAAGCAGCGAUACUAUGUCAACGACGAGUUCUUCAACGCUUCAGAUUCCAACGCACCUGUAUUUAUCAUGAUUGGCGGCGAGGGUGAGGCCACGGCUCGCUGGAUGCAUGAAGGAGCAUGGAUCCAUUACGCAAAAGAGCACGGCGCUUUAUGCUUCCAGCUCGAGCAUCGAUACUACGGCAAAAGUCAUCCGACGGAAGAUCUUUCUACGGGCAACCUCGCAUAUCUUACCUCGGAACAGGCGCUCGCUGAUCUAGCAUAUUUCAUCGUGGCUAUGAAUGAAAAGUAUCAACUCAGGCCAAAUCAAAACCGUUGGAUUGCUUUUGGCGGUUCUUAUCCAGGUUCGCUCGCCGCGUGGUUAAGAGAAAAGUAUCCUUCGCUGGUGCAUGGAGCUAUCAGUUCUAGUGGACCGUUGUUGGCUAAGAUUGAUUUUGACGAGUAUUACGACACCGUCACCCGUUCGCUCGCACGCUACUCAGCAGAUUGUGUUGAUGCGGUACGCAGUGCCUUUCAACAGGUGGAAACGCUCCUGAAACACAUGAUCGGUCAGCGAACGCUGAACGACAAAUUCAAGCUGUGCGAUCCGGUAGAGAAAUCGAUCGCAAAUCCGCUGGACAUUGCUAGCUUGUUCGAAGAAUUGGCGAGUAACUUUGCCGGUGUGGUGCAGUACAACAAGGACAACAGUCCGCAUAGUUCGGUGACGAUCGAUGAGGUGUGCGACGUCAUGGUGAACCAGAGCAUAGGAGCACCGGUCAGCCGGCUAGCGGAGGUCAAUUGGAUGCUGUUAAAGUUGUCUAAUAUGACGUGCCUGGACUAUGUGUACGACAAAUCUAUACAGGAGUUAAGGAAUACUUCAUGGGCAUCUAGUGGAGCCACCGGAGCACGACAAUGGACCUACCAAACGUGCAACGAGUUCGGCUUCUAUCAGACGUCCAACAAUGCAAGCUUAGUGUUUGGCGAUCGCUUUCCGGUAGAAUUUUUUGUUCGCCAAUGCGCCGAUGUGUAUGGUGCUCGGUUCGGGUCGCAAUCACUUACACGGGGCGUCUACCGAACAAACACCAUUUACGGCGGGCUUGAUCCAGCUACCACUAAUGUUCUGUACGUGCAUGGUAAUAUCGACCCUUGGCAUCGACUGGGACUGACGGAAAGCAACGACAUCCACAUGCCUACGAUCCUGAUCGAUGGCACCGCUCACUGUGCGAACAUGUACGAACCGAAGGAUAGCGAUCCUCCGGAACUGAAACAAGCGCGCUUGGAAAUCGAUACCUACAUUACGAAUCUGCUGGCAAUUUGAAGUAGAGCGUAUAAUGUACAACAGUUAAAAAGCUUGUAUAGCAAAGCGCAAAUCCUACGCAGCACGAUUCAUGAUCAAAAUACAUAUAAAAUAUAAUAGAAAAUAAACUUUUACACGAUAA